UUUUCAACGUUACAAGUGCAAUAUUUUCUUCAAAAAAAUCUUGGGAAAUGGGCCCAUAGUUUAAAUGGCGGUUUCUCUUAAGCUAUGAAAUGCUGAAGAAUGUACUGUUAUACGCAUUUGUUCGGAAACUCCUGUAAAGAAUGCAAAAUUAGUCARCAAAGUCGGCGGAUUUGUUGAUGUGAUAUUGAAAGUAAAUUGUGUUGGGCUUGACAGAGUACCUUGCUUUCCACGAUUUAAACCAUGGCCUCUGUAAAAGUUGCUGUUCGAGUGAGGCCUCUGAACAAAAGAGAACUUGAUAUGGAAGCACAGACAAUCAUCGAAAUGGAAGGBAAAAAGACACGGAUUUACAAUCUGAAGAGCUCUACGAUGUCUUCAGAUGGAGAACGAAAACAUACAGUAAAAGACUUUUCUUUUGAUUAUUCAUAUUGGUCGGCAGAUGAGAAUAGUAGCCAUUUUGUAACGCAACAAAAGGUCUACAAGGAUCUAGGUACUGAUGUUGUCAAGUCAGCAUUUGAAGGAUACAACAGUUGUAUCUUUGCUUAUGGACAGACAGGUUCAGGGAAAACAUUUACAAUGAUGGGGCAUGGUGAUAAUGAUGGUCUUAUACCUAGAAUAUGUCAAAAGAUGUUCCAGCAAAUGAGAGAAAACUCUGAUGCAGAUGAUGGGCUGUCCUUUAGAACUGAAGUCAGCUUCUUGGAAAUUUACCAAGAGAGAGUUAGGGACUUGUUACGACCCCCAGACAAAGGUCAGCCUGUACAUUCCUUGCGAGUAAGAGAACAUCCAAAAGAGGGACCGUAUGUUCAAGAUUUGACCAAACAUUUAGUAACAGAUUAUGGAGCCAUACAACAUCUUAUGGACCAAGGAAACUCACACAGAGUGACAGCAAGUACUGGGAUGAAUGAUGUUAGCAGCAGGUCACAUGCUAUCUUCACUAUGAACUUUAAACAGGCCAAGUUUGACAUGGAUAUGCCUUGUGAAACUGCUAGUAAAAUGAACCUGGUUGACUUGGCUGGAAGCGAAAGGGCUGAUGCAACAGGUUUGACAGGUGAAAGACUCAAAGAAGGAGCCAACAUCAAUAAAUCACUAGUCACCCUUGGAACUGUUAUAUCUGCAUUAGCUGAUGCUUCUACUGGUCAUGGUGGUCAUCACAAGUUUGUUCCUUACAGAGACUCGGUAUUAACAUGGCUACUGAAGGACAGUCUUGGAGGGAACUCAAAGACUGUCAUGAUAGCAACUAUUUCUCCUGCCGAUAUCAACUAUGCUGAGACAAUGAGUACUCUGCGAUAUGCCAACAGAGCCAAGAAUAUUAUCAACAAACCUACAGUUAACGAGGAUGCUAAUGUGAAGUUAAUCAGAGAACUAAGAAGUCAGAUUGAAAAACUAAAAGCAAUGAUUAGUCCGGAUCUUCUUGGAGAAGCAGAGCUAGCAGCAGCCAAGAAACUAUCAGAGAACGAAGCGAGAGUAAUGCAACUGACUGACAAGUGGAAGGAUACCUGGAAAGAAACACAAAAGAUCCUCGAGGAACGAGAAAUGAAGCUAAAGCAAGAAGGUGUUGGAAUCAAGAUGGACUCAGUAUUGCCACAUCUUGUGUUGGUUGAUGACGACCUUCUCAGCACUGGCAUCGUUGUUUACCAUUUAAAGGAAGGAAAAACAACUGUUGGGCAUGGAGAAAGCAAGAAACAAGACAUAGUGAUCAGCGGUCCUGACACUAACGACGAACACUGUGCGUUCUUGUAUGAGUCCAAGUCGAAGGUCGUCCUGGACCCGUUCGAUUCCAUGUGUUAUGUGAACAAUUCUCAGGUGUCAAAGCCAACAAGACUAUUUCAAGGUGACGUCAUCAUACUUGGACAAACCAACGUGUUUCGUUUUAACCAUCCUCGCGAGGCAGCAGAAUUACGGGAAAAGAGAAAGUCGUCCUCCAUAUCUGGUAUUGCCUGGUCAACGAAGUUCCGCAGUGAAACAGACCUCUUCCGGAAACAAGGGGAAGGUAACUUGACAUUAGAGUUGGAAAAAGCCAGAAAUGAACUUGAACAWCAAAAAAUAGUUGAAGGACAGAAACUAGAGGAAGCAAGAGCGGAAUUCGAAAAACAGAUUCACGAUGAAGGAGUUCGACUUGAAGAAAUGCGGGCCGAACUUGAACGACAGAGAAAACUUCAUGCUAUGGAGGCACAGAACGUCGAAGAGGCGAGAAAACGUGUAUCGGACAUGGAGCGUAAGCACGAAGAAGCAGAAUCCCAGCGGGUCAACCGCGAAAAGGAAUUGAACGAUGAAAUUGCACAGCGCGACCACGACAUAAAAGACGUCAGGGAAGAGCUCGACAAAUUGCGUGUAAAGAGUGAGAAAUUAAAACAGAAAGCAUCCGAUGAAGUGACAGCUCUCAAGGAUAAAAUACGACAACAAAAAGAAGACGAAAUGAAACGUCUGAAUGACGACCUCAAGAAAAUCAUGGAAAUUGAAGCGGAAAAGGCUGGGAUGCAAGAACAGGUUGAAAGAGAAAGAAUAGAAAUGAAAGAAAAGUGGGAUGCUGCUACACUAAGUAUAAAAGAGCAAAAAGAACAACUAUUAGAAAUGAAAAGAGAUUAUGAAAACAAUUUUAGUGYCCUUCAAGAGCAAAAACAUGAGACUAAGCKUGAAAAGGAACAAUUUGAACGCGAAAAGCUCGAGUCUUUGAAAAGAAUACGCGAAAACGAAGACGAACUUCAAUAUUUGUACACACAAAGAGAAAAGGAUGUAGUUGCGGCAGAAAGCGAUAUCAGAAUGAAGAGAGAAAUACUAGAACUUGAAUUUGAGGAGAAGCAGGUUGAACUUGACGAGGAGAAGAGCAGGCUUUCGAAUAAGAUAGUCGAACACGAGUCUGCGAUGUACCAUGCAGCGGAUUGCCUAGCAAACGCUCAGUAUCAAUUGGAAAUGAAAACAAAAGAAGAAAAUGAMAAAAUUGACUCAGCAAAGGAAAGAUUCACUGAAAUGCAGAAAAAGCUCGCUGWAUCUGCGAAGAAAGCCGAGGAAGACUUGGAAUCAAAACGAAGACAGUACGACAAGUUGUCGGAUCAGCGUCGGGAAACGAUAAACAAAGAGCGCGAAAUUGUAACUUCCAUGAGAUCAGAUUUAGACGCUUUAGUUUCGAAGCUUGAAAACUCAAAGGGAAGCGAAAAGAAUAAUCUAGAAAAGGAAAUCAAAGCAAAACGUCAACGACUGAAUGAGCAGGAAUCUCAACUGAAGCUCUUGGAAAUCGAAGAUAAAAACAUUUCAGAUGACGUUGAAGAAGAGUUCGAAGAAGAACUAAGUCGUAUUCAGUCAAAAGCACAGGAAGACCAAACUGCAUUAGAAAUAGAAAGACUAAACCUUGAAGAAUUACAAGACUCUAAAACAUUCAAGCUUCACAAAGAAGAACAAGAACUUCGAGAACAGCAAAGAAAAUAUAACGACAUUAAGAUGAUGCUGAACGAAGCAAGAAAGCAGUURACCAAUGUUGAACUACGAACGGACGAAGCGUCCAUUAGAAAAGAAAAACAGUUACUUGACAUUUCCAAAAGUGUUGAGACGAGUCUUGUUGGUACAGAACAACACGGUGAGGUUUAUAAACUAAGAGAACAUCGAGUUAAUCUCAAAGAGAUUGACGUUGAAGGCAAAAUGCAACUUGCAGAUCAACAAGAGAAGAAURUGCUUGAAAACGGGCAAGUAGUCAGUGACAUUAAACGGCUUUCUUACGAAUUAGAUGAGCGUAACCGAGCUAAAGAGAAGUUAGAAAAUGAUUUAAAAGACUUGAAAGCGAAGUUUGAACGAGAAAGAACAGAGGAAUCAGCUACGAUGGUCGCUAUGCGAGAAAGUAUUCAAGAUAUGGAGGAAGAAGCAAGUUUAGGGCGAAGUCUGACGGAAAAUGAGAUAAUUCACAGUGUGAAGGGACAUGCACCGUUCAACAAAUUGCUGGAGAAAGAAAAAAUGAAAAUCCAAGUUGAAAUGGAAACCAAACUAAAAGAAAUGGAAGAACGCCAACGAAAAGAGAUGGAGGAUUUCAAACGAAAUCAUUCUGUUUCGCUUACAAAACUAGAAGACGAACGAAUAGAACUUGAAAAACAGAAAGAAAACUUAGAAAAAGAAAUGGAGAAAGAGAAAGUUGCAUUGGAUAUGGAAAGAAGAAUGCUAGAGAGGGAAAAGCUAGAAGAUAUUGAUUCGAUUAUCAAACAAAAAGAAGAUGAAAUUGAAGAUUUGAAGGAAAAAGCACAGAUCGAGAUUGAAGAACUUCGUGAUCGGUUAGACGAGACGGAAAGGGAGGUGUGUCAGCUUCAGGAAAGACUCACCGUCUACACAUCGAUGGCCAAUGUCAACCUACCCGAUGGUGACGACGAAGACGCUGAUGGUGAAGUCAUGCAAUAUAUGUAUGGUGAUGAGAAUGAAAUGUAUGGUAGUAAUCUGAGCCUGACUGGAUCGGUCACACCUCCCCGCAUAACCCCACCCCCUACGCCUGUCAAUCAAUUCCUGAGAUCUGUCAAUAACAUGAGACGCAAUCAAAUAAUGGUACAAAUACCGCGCUAUAUAUUGAGGGGACUGGGACGAGAUUCGUAUCAUGUCUUCGAAGUUAAGGUCACAAUAGGAGGAGAGACGUGGUCUGUUUAUAGAAGGUACAGAAAGUUCCGAGAACUACACAAUACUAUGAAGAAGAUGUAUGUAGAGAUUGGGGAACUGGAUUUUCCAAACAGACGAUUCUUUGGUAAUCGUGCAGAAGAGUUCGUACGGGCACGACGAGCACAGCUAGAGACGUACUUGAAGUCCUUUGUGACACUAUGUGCAAGCAUACCCGACUGUCCUGUAUCUGCCUUCAUUGGAAGACCGCUGACCAAGAGAGAUCUUUGUGACUUCGCUCCUUUCUUCAAACAAGGAAUAUUCGAGCAGACAAAACACUAUUCGAGUUGAUGUUCGGGGUGACCUACGUAGCACGCAGUUGAUGUAAUGUAUUCAUAAAWUUUWUUGUAUUCCAUUGUUUCUCGUUCUAUUGUAUUAUGUGUUUUGUAUUAUAUCUUUAUGAAUAUAUUACAUCAACUGAGUGCUACGUAGAUUCUCCAGUUGAUGUUCACUCACUUCUUUGGGGUUCCUGUGCUAGUUAGGACGUUAGAGACCUGAUAAUGGGUUUGCGUCAUAUAUAACCACAAUCGGCGAUUUGCACUACACAUCAUGUGACUAUGUUUUUAAAAAUCAAGAAGCUAUGGCAAAACGAAAUCUAGAAACGACAAAAGCAAAUUAAUUAUUACGUAAAUUGCAAAAUUGAAGCAUAAAUAUAUUUGAUACAGGAUAAAUUUUCAUCAGGUGAUGAAAAUCACAGUCUUUGACUUUCCACUCGAAAAAUAAACAAUUUCUCAUUUAUAAUUCGCCUUAAAUUCUGUGCUUGUAAGUCUGCUUUUUUCGGCUUUUCAACUCUGAAUGUUGAUUCGUACCUAGUCCCCAAGGGUAUGAGUCGCAACCAUCUUUUCGUACUCAUUCCCUCAUGCCUUCCUAAGACAGGAAUCCUAGUUUAAUAUAUAGAGAGAGGUAGUUGAAAAAUUAUUUGCUACAAUAUUGUAAAUAAAGCAACAGACGGAUAUUUUAAAACGCGAGACAUUUAAAAUUUGCAAAAAAAAAAAGAUUUUUAACCUAGAUCUUUCAAGCAUUCUUAAAAAAUUGAAACGGCACAACGGUCACUGCGAACGUCGUCAUUGGUAAAAUAUAGGUAUUUUCCAUUUGAAGAAUUUAUGUAGGAAGGGAUAGUGAAGUCAAGCUCGUUUGAAUAGGGAGGGGUUAAUAAUAAAUAGAUUGCAAUUUAGUAAUGCCGCACAUUCGAAACAAAUGGCAUUUUGUAAUUUAAAUCUGACGAUAUCAAAUAGUAAUAAAGCGAGAAUCUAUUGUCAA